UGAUCUUGCAUAUUCAACCAAAUCGGUUCCAAGUUCCGAGAAGUGAUCUGCGACGAGCACGGCGUCGAUCCGACCGGUAGGCACAAGGGCGAUGGAUCGUCCGAUCUUCAGCUCGAGAGGAUCAACGUCUAUUUCAAUGAAGCUUCCGGUGGUCGCUGCGUUCCUAUGGCUGUUCUCAUGGAUCUCGAACCAGGAACCAUGGAUAGUAUCAGAUCCGGCCCGUACGGCCGGAUCGUUCGCCACUUCGUCUUCGGCCAGUCCGGUGCCGGAAACAACUGGGCCAGAGGUCACUACACCGAAGGCGCCGAGUUGAUCGAUGCCGUUCUUGAUGUUGUUCGCAAAGAGGCUGAGAAUUGUGAUUGUCUGCAAGUGAAUGUACCGACUCACCAUUAACACGUGCAGCAUUCUGAUCCCUAAUAUCUUUGAUGCUGAGUUUUGGAAGCAUGGAAUUGGAGUAACAUUUAUUACAGCAUGGAAUUGGAGUAACAUUUAUUAAAAUUUGGAUCUAAAAUGAUCUACAAUUCUGGGAUAUAUUUUGUUCUCCCUUUUAGAAUAUUAAACUCAUUAGAUGAUUUAUAAGUUUCUUUUUUAGCAUUACUCUCACUUUGAUUGUGAUUGCCUAACAUUAUAAAUGCAGUAGUACUAGAAUCACAUAUUUUUUUUAGAUCUUCUGAACAUGAAACAUAUGGUACUUAUUAGAUGAUUUGUAAGUUUGUUUAGCACUACUCUAUCAUUUUGAUUGUGAUUUUGCCAAACAUUAUAAAUGCAGUAUUUUUUUCGAUCUCCUGAACAUAAGGUAUUUGUAGUUGUUGUCCUUGUGGAAGUAGGGGACAUUGAAGUUUUAAGCCUCAGUGGAGGCAUGAGAGUGCUUAGCUAUUAGCUACAAAAAAGAAAGAAGAAAAAGGGGAAAAAAUCAUGGAAGUAAAAAAAAUCAACUUCAAUUUUAAGGCCCUGUUUGGUAACGCGGCCAAAUUUUGUUUUCUGCUGUCAAUUUUUUAGAAAUGAGAAGCUUUAACAGAAAACAUGUUUGUUAACUCUGUUUGUUUUCUGGGCAUCUUUUUUUUUUAAAAAAAAAUGCAGCACUGCUGCCACUUUCUUUGUAAAUUUGAAAGCAUCAAAAUGAUGCUGCGAAGUAGUGUUUCGAAAAGAAGCGGGUACUGCGGUGGCUACAAGGCCCACUUAAGUUAUUACGGGCCUCUGUCUUAAACGGCCGAGGCCACACAUCUCUCUUUUUUAUCGGCCUAACAUAACGUCUCACUUUCAACAUCCAUCUCUCUGUCUCAAACAUCCAUCUCUCACUCUUGCCCUCAUCUCACUUCAUCUCUCGCCAUCUGUCCACAACAAGGAAGCCAACUGUCACCCUUUUUUUUUUCACCUUUUGAAGCUUAGGGUGUGUUUGUUUUUACCGAUAACACACCCUAAGCUUCGAUUGGUGAAGAAAGAGAGUGAGAGUUGGUUUCCUUCUUGUGGUGAGAGAGUAUAGUGAGAUGAGAGCGAGAGUGAGAAGGUGGAUGUUUGCGAGUGAGAGAGCUGAGAGUGAGAUGUUACAUUAGAGAGAGAUGUGUGGCCUCUGUUAUUCAAGACAGAGGCCUGUAAUAACUUAAGUGGGCCCUGUAGCAGCUACAGGGCCCACUUCUUUCCGCAACACUACUUCUUUACUUACAAAGUGGCAGCUACCCUUGUUUUUUGUAAGAUACCCAGAAACAAAACAGAGUUAUUAAACACAUUUUUGGCUGCUGCAUCUCAUUUUUUGUUUUUUGUAAAAAUGGCAGCAGGAAACAAAAAUUGACAGCUUUACCAAACAGGGCCAAAAUUAUGAUUUUUAUAUUGUUUGAGUGUGCCUUAUCAUCCAUUGAUCACUGCUGGAUGAUGUUCAAAUAUUAUGACAACUUGGUUUGCAAUUUAUUGUGGCAUCUUGGUUAAGCAAGUCCUUUUUGUUAUGAAAUGGUUAGGAAAAAUGUUAUUUUACUUUGUGCACUUAUUUGGGAACAUUAUUCAGGUAUCGAUUGCCAGCACAGAAAGAUAAUAUUUGUCAUCUAUUGCCAAACGGGCUUGUGAUGC